GAGAGAGAGUCUGUGGGAGAGGGAAAGUGAGGAGGCGAAGUUGUGAGAGAAAAUCUGACAGAAAGAGAUUGAGACGAGAAGCAGAAAGCAACGGAGCAGGUGAGCACGCCAUCUCCUCCUAAGCUAACACCUGAGGAAAAAAAAACGGUAAAAGAAGAAGUCAGAAGUGUCUCAGAGUUAAGCCCGCUGCCUAUGCAUCUAGGCUUAUUGACGCCGACCAUGACUGUGUGCCUAAGACUUCUUGUGCUGGCCCUCGUUGCCUUUGGACAGGAUGUCCCGUCAGGCCCACACGGCUGCACAGAGGGGAGCUGUUACCCUGCAACAGGAAACCUUCUGAUUGGACGGGCUGUUAACUUAACAGCUUCCUCCACCUGUGGCCUUGACGGGCCAGAGCACUACUGCAUCGUCAGCCAUCUUCAGGAGUCAGACAAGUGUUUCAAGUGUAACUCACAGCAUCGUUACGACCCAUACCACCACAGAAACAGCCACUGGAUUGAAAAUGUAAUCUACCUCAUGGACAGCAAUGGGGACCACACCUGGUGGCAGUCUGUCAACGGAGAAGAAAAUGUCAGCAUCAGGCUGAAUCUGGAAGCUGAAUUCCACUUCACACAUCUCAUCAUGAAGUUCAAGACUUUCAGACCUGCAGCCAUGAUCAUCGAGCGUUCAGCCGAUUUUGGCCGUACAUGGCGUCCAUACCGAUACUUUGCCCACAACUGCACAAAGAUAUUCCCAAACAUCCCUGCCAAUGGCCUGCACCACAUCAAUGAUGUCAUCUGUGAGGAGCGCUACUCUGACAUUGAGCCCUCCACUAAUGGAGAGGUCAUUUAUAAGGUUCUGGAUCCAGCUAUACAUGUGAGGGACCCCUACAGCUUGGACAUUCAAGAACUUUUGCGUAUUACCAACUUGCGAAUUAACUUCACCAAGCUGAACACUCUGGGAGAUGACCUGCUUGACCGGCGCUCCGACGUCCUGCAGAAGUAUUACUAUGCCAUCUAUGAGCUGGUGGUCAGAGGAAGCUGUUUCUGUUAUGGACAUGCGUCAGAGUGUGCUCCAGUGCCAGGAGUCAACAUCAGGGAGAGUGGCAUGAUCCAUGGUCGCUGCGUGUGCAAACAUAACACAGAGGGUCUGAACUGUGAGCGCUGCAGAGAUUUCCACAACGACCUGCCAUGGAGGCCAGCUGAGGCAGACAACCCACACACCUGCAGAGAGUGUAACUGUAACAGCCACUCUAACCAAUGCCACUUUGACAUGGCGGUGUAUUUGGCGACGGGAAAUGUCAGCGGGGGAGUGUGUGACGACUGCCAACACAACACAAUGGGACGCAACUGUGAAACAUGUAAACCUUUUUACUACAAAGAUCCCUUGAAAGACAUCAGGGACCCACGAGUCUGUAUCGCAUGUGACUGUGACCCUGUCGGAUCAUUGGAGGGAGGAGUGUGUGACAGUCACACCGACCCGGACAUGGGGAUGAUCACCGGACAGUGUCGUUGUAAAGUCAACGUCAAAGGCAUGCGCUGUGACGACUGCAAGGAGGGAUACUACGGCCUCAGCCAGAAUGACCCACUUGGCUGUCAACCGUGUAACUGUGACCCUCGGGGCAUCAUCAUGAUGGGAGCUCCGUGUGACCAGAUCAGUGGGGAUUGCUCCUGCAAGAGAUAUGUCACCGGACGUUACUGCAACCAGUGUCUGCCUGAAUACUGGGGACUAAGUAACGACUUGGCUGGCUGCAGACCGUGUGACUGUGACUUUGGUGGAGCCAUGAACAAUCGGUGCAUGAUGGACAAUGGCCAGUGUGACUGUAGGAGGCAUCUGAUUGGUCGGCAGUGUUCAGAGGUGCAGCCUGGGUAUUUCUGCGCUCCGCUGGAUUACUACAAAUAUGAAGCUGAAGAUGCCACAGGGCACUCCCCCAGUGACACUGCACUGCCGGGUAAAGUUCGGCCCCAAGCAGAGACAGACUGUGUCCAGCAUCUCAGUAACCAGCUAAGGCGGCACCGGCGGCACCGACGCGUUGAAAACUUACAGCAACAUCGUGCAGCAUUGAGACGUAUUCGCCAGCUUCGACAAACACCAGAUGUGAAGACGGUUCACAGAGAGCGUACUCCGAGCCACAUGGUGACGUGGACCGGACCUGGUUUUGCUCGUGUCAAAGAUGGCGCAGGCUUGGUGUUCACUAUUGACAACAUCCCGUACGCCAUGGAGUACGACAUAAUGAUUCGCUAUGAACCUGAGUCAACAGAGGAUUGGGAGGCUAUCGUUAGUAUCACCUCGGUUAUGCUGCCCUCCAGUCUGCGGUGCGGAAAUCUCUUACCAACUGAACAGCUGUACACUGUAACUCUACCACACCGUAACAGAUACAUCCAGAUGCCCAGGCCAUUCUGCUUCGAGCCCAGUAAUCGUUAUGUGGUUGCCAUCCGCUUCCAGCGCCAUGGUGUCACACACAGACAUCUCACUGCCUUCAUUCUAAUUGACUCGCUUGUUCUGAUCCCCAAAUAUACUGAGCUUCCUGGUUUCCAAGGUAACGAUGCAGAGGCAGAGCAUCGUCAGGAGGAGAUGGUUCGUUACAUGUGUCUUGAUUCCUUCAUGAUCACACCCAUGCCUGCCCUUGCGGAGAUGUGCUCCAAACUCAUCUGUAGCAUUUCAUCCAUCAUUCAUGAUGGUGCUCUGCCCUGUCAGUGCGACCCCCAGGGCUCCCUCAGUGGCGAGUGUGAGAGGGUUGGAGGGCAGUGUCGCUGUAAACCCAAUGUGAUGGGUCGACGCUGUGACCAGUGUGCACCGGGAACAUAUGGCUUUGGAGUUAAUGGCUGUACUGCCUGUGAAUGCCAUCCAGAUGGUUCCGUAAGCCACCAGUGUGAUCCAGUAACAGGCCAGUGCCAAUGCAAGCCAGGAGCCACUGGGCGUCAGUGUUCAGACUGCCAACCAGGCCAGUGGGGCUUCCCUAACUGCAGCCCCUGUCAGUGUAACGGCCACACGGACCACUGUGACUCACGCACAGGAGAGUGUAUCGGCUGCAGGGACUACACAGCUGGACACUUCUGUGAACGAUGUGUUGAGGGCUUCUUUGGAAACCCGGUGCUUGGCUCAGGGGAGCACUGUCGUCCCUGCCCCUGUCCUGGUAACCCAGGCACAGAUCAUUUCAACGGGAUCUCCUGUCAGGCGGACCACACCUCCAACCAGAUCAUCUGCAACUGUCAACAGGGAUACACUGGCUCACGCUGUGACCAGUGUGCCCCUGGUUACUUUGGCAAUCCAGAGCAACUGGGCGGUCAAUGCCGGCCAUGCCAGUGUAAUGAUAACAUUGACACCGAGGACCCUGAGUCGUGUGACCGCUCAACUGGCCAGUGUCUCAAAUGCACACACCACACCGUUGGCCAGUCCUGUGAUCAAUGUCAACAUGGUUACUAUGGAAAUGCUUUGGUCCAGGACUGCAGACGUUGCACCUGUGUGACUGCCGGUACCAUCCAUUCUGCCUGCAGUGAUGGGGAGUGUCACUGUGACCAGCAGACUGGAGCUUGCCCCUGCAGGGAGAACGUGUCUGGCCAUAACUGUGAUCAGUGUUCUCCCAAUCAUUGGAACUAUGGACAGGAGCAAGGCUGUGAGCCCUGUGGGUGUGACCCACACCAUGCAUUGGGAACUCAUUGCAACAUGUUCACAGGCCAGUGCCACUGCCGUUCAGGUUUUGGAGGAAAACAGUGCACUGAGUGUGAGCAGUUCCACUGGGGUGACCCAAGGGUGCAGUGUCAAGAGUGUAACUGUCACCCAUUGGGAUCUGAAAUGGCACAGUGUGACCGAAUCACAGGAGCAUGUGAGUGCAGGGAGGGAGCAGCGGGGAAGCGCUGUGACGAAUGUGCUCGUGGAUACACUGGUGACUUCCCGAAGUGCGUCCAGUGUCAUCCAUGCUUCCAGCUAUGGGAUGAUGUGGUGUGUCAGAUUAAAAGGGAUCUGGAACACAUCCAGUUCACUGUGGAGAAAAUAUUAGAGAGUGGAGUCACUCCAGGAGCUGAUGACAAGCGAAUCAAAGAACUGGAGAGGAAACUGAGGCAAGUCCAGGAUCUGAUCAGUACAGAGGACAGCGACAGAAUCCACCAGCUGAUUGGGCAAAGCAUUGAUGACCUCAGGGCGGAGAUCGCAUUGACUGAUGGGCGUCUGAUGGGUGUUACUCGGGAACUAAAUGCAACAGCACAAGAUGAAGGGGCACUGAGAAGCACACUGAGUGACCUGGAGAUGGAUCUGAGGGACAUCAACAGCACGGUGUCUCAGAAAAAGGAAGUGCUGGAAGAUUACCUCACCUCAGGAUUUACAGAUCAGUUUGAGAAAGUCAAAAGGUACUAUCGGGAGUCAGCAAAAGCUGAGGAGAAGUGCAAUGCUUCAGUGUCUGGUCCUUCCAGCCCCGUGGAACAGUCAAAAGAAACCCGGGGCAUCACUGAAAACCUGCUGGAUGCUGGCAAAGACAAGCUGCUUAAAGCUGUGGCUGCUCAGAACAGAUCUUUAAAUGAGCUGCACCAAAAAGCCCAUGACCUGGAUAAAAAAGUUCACCACCUCAAUCACAAGGUCUGUGGUGGUCAUAGCAGUGCUGGUGCAAAUGGCAGCUGCCCAGACAGCAGAUGUGGUGGGGCUGGUUGCCGUGAUGAUCAGGGCAACCGUGUGUGUGGUGGAGAAGGAUGUAAUGGAACAGUGAGCACUUCUUUGACGGCACUUAAGCACGCCAGGAAUGUCACCGACAGUCUGAACUCUGCACACGAGGAGCUUCAAGGCGUGGCUAAAAAGCUCCAGGAUUUAGUUACUCUGACCCAGGAUGUGAAGAACCAGGCUAUGACCUCACUAGAGAGAGCCCAGAAGAAGAAGGACCACUUUGAAAACUCCAACAAGAAGCUUAAAGAUUUUAUUAAAAAGAUCAAAGAUUUCCUCACUGAGGAAGGAGCAGACCCAGAGAGCAUUGAGAAGGUGGCUCUGCAGGUCUUGUCCAUCACCCUUCCAGUCAACAGGACUGCUCUAGAUAAAAUGGUCAUGGAGAUCAAAGACAGCCUUGCCAACCUCACCAACAUUGAAGGGAUUGUUAACCAAACCACGCACCAAGUUAGCAAAGCCAAGGACCUGCUGGAGAAAGCUAAAGAUGCUAAGAGCCGAGCUGAGGGAGUGAAGGACGCAGCAAAUAAUACCAAACGGGCUCUGGAUGUUUCUAAAAAAGCCAUCAACAAAGCAGCCGCAGCUCUGAAAGAUGCUCUCAACAACCUGAACAGUACGAGGAAUGCUACUACUGAGGUGGACGAGAAGUUGAUGGAUCUGGAGGACAAGCAGAUGGAUGUUAUGAUGCGUUUAAGUAACCUUACAGCAGAACUGGAAGCUCUUAGGAACAAGACCGAACAAAACAGGGAAAUGGCAAAAGACGCCAAAGUACUAGCAAACAAUGCCACAAAUGUAGCGUCGUCACUGGAGAAAAGCCUAAAUGACACCGAGCAGCGGUACCGUGAGCUGCAGAUGAAAGUUGGCUCUUUUGGUGAUGAGUCUGGAGGUCUGGACAGCAUCCACCAGAGGGCUAAGAAUAUGAAGAAGGAGGCGGAGGACCUCCUCAACAAGGCUAGCAAAGGCAUGGAGCAGCUUAAGAAGCUGGAGAAAAAAUUCAAGAACAACGAACAGAAGCUGCAGAAGCAGCGCCUGGAGCUGGACGAGCUGAAGGACAACGCUACCAUGGUGCGCGAUGAGAUCCGGGAUCAGGUGCAGAAGUACAGCAACUGUGCGUAAGGACUUCACAGUGCCCCCCCCCCUUUACUGUUUGCUGCUGUAGUCCAGAGCAGAGUCACAAGUGAACAAGUGAUGCUGUAGCUGAGAUCAAGAAAGCAAA